AUGACAGAACCAGACGAAGUUGAGGAAGAUCUCUUCGCCGAUCUCUACAACGGCGAUGAGAAUGCUGCGCCCGGCAAUGUUGCUGCCCCAGUCGCAACCGAGCCUGAGCCGAUGGACAUGCCCCUCCAAUCCAACGACGGUCCGGGCUAUGGAGAAGAGCCAGAGAUUGCCUAUGAUUCAACAUCGUUCGAUAUUGAACCCACUGGUCCCGAGGCUUCAUCCAAUGACGUGCGAAUGCAUCAACAAGACCACUACAAGCAAGAGGAGCCGCGAGGACAGCGUUAUAAUGUUACAAUGAAAGAGGACGGGCAGGGGUCCCUGGGAAGUGCAGAUGCAGCUUCCCAGAAGAGGAGGAUCUGGUGA